CUUUGCUUUUACGUGGUCUACCACUUUGUGGCUGAGUUGCUGUUGUUCCCAGUUGCUUCCACUUUGUUAUAAUACCACUAGCAGUUGACCGUGGAAUAUUUAGUAGCAAGGAAAUUUCAUGGAUGGACUUAUUGCACAGGUGACAACCUAUCAUGGUACCACUCUUGAAUUCACUGAGCUCCUGAGAGCCAGCCAUUCUUUUACAAAUGUUUGUAGAAGCAGUCUGCAUAUACAGGUGCUUAAUUUUAUGCACCUGAGGCCAUAGAACUGAUUGGAACACCUGAAUCCAAUGAUUUGGAGGGGUUUCCCA